GUACGCACUCAUGCAUGCACACACACACGCCCGCGCGCAUGCAUGUACUUGCUAACAUGGUAAUGUUGUUGUUGACACGAUGUAGUUUUUCUCAUACGACAUACGUGUCGUUCGUGUGUCUUUAUUUGACGCUAGCGCAAUCGCAACACGAUCUGUAAAUGUGCCAACCCCGUGUCGGUUAGAUGAGCCUGGUGUGCUGCGUGAGUCAUGUACACGUGCUGCGCCAGUCUGAGUUCACAGUCAGUGCAUCCAGCAUCGAUCCCUGCUCAGCUGUUGAGUGCAGAUUGUACACACACUCGCUCUCUUCUUUCUCUCUUUUUCGCGCGACGCAUUGACCUGUACCGGCCUUGACAGUCCGGUGUGCAUGUAACGGCGGCCGUGUGGCUCUCCGCUUAUCGUGCAUCAGCAGUUUGUGGUGUGCGGUCGAGCGGUGAGUAGCGUUUCAAGACAGCUUGGCUACAGUGUUGCGUAAUGUUCACAGGAUGUAAACAUAGAAUGUGCGCUGAAGACUGAGUGGUACUGUUAGCGUAGGCGCUGAGCGCAGUGCAUUGUAGGGCCAGCUGCACCAUACUUGCAGCCCAUGUGACUAUGCAAUAUUUAUACCCUACCCAUCCGAGCCAGCGCUGCAUGUACACUUGUUGCUAAAGGAACAUUGGAAGCUGAUCAGUGCUCACAGAGUUAGUCAUAUGGGAUUAAGCAGUAGACAGUGCUUGGAUGGGUGUGUGACAAAGAGGUGGUGUAAGUAAGCAGUAGCCACUACUUCUGAUGUGUGUGUAGCAGAGAGGUGGCAAUCACAUGGUGUAAUUUGGCCAUUGGCCAGCAACUGCAGAAAUGGAGUUGGCAACUAUGUUAUUUCAUAUGGAUCCUGAAAGGAUACAGGAGGUCAGUCGUGAUGGGGAUAGCCACGGUGCAGAUUGCUACUCCCUCUGGUCUAAUAGUAGAGCAUCAGUGUCACCACAGAUGAAUCCCUCGCGCGGAGUGACACAAUCUCACGCUGGCUGUGGAUUCAAUGACGCGGAUACAAUGUCGGAGUUUAGUAGUGGUUACACACUGGAUGAGCAUGACAUGGUCACAAAGCUGAUAGAGGAGGAGACUUACGGGAAGAGUAAUAUAUCUGACAGCCUGGAGACACCAUCUUCACGUUCGAGCUCGGAUGUAUUCUCCUUUGACGGUUCUCCAAACUACAGAGGUGCAUGGUCGGCAGGUGUCGAUGGCACCCCGCCCGCAUCCAGUGGAUCUACAAAAAGCUUCGACAAAUUUGACACCAGCUCACUCGGCUAUGGCAGCCUGGAGCAAAAUUACACCCUAUCCGAUGUAUUUAAUGAACAGAAAGAGAAGUUCAAAUACAUUGACAGCUGGCAGAAGGACAUCGAUAAUGAAACUUUACGCCAGGGUAUAAAUAACAUGUCGCUGAGUAACGGCGGAGGUUACUAUGGCAACAACAAUCUGCAGGCCAUUGGGGAUCACCUGGAUCAGGCAAAGGCUGCGCGCGACAUGACCAAACCAUACUGUGCUAAUGGUUACUCAAGUCACCAACAGAGGGCGCAGCAGGAGGCUCAGCGUCGAGCACAGCACUGGGCAGACGAGUGCGUAUCGGAGAACACUGCCGGUUACCGUAGCAACCUGCUGCAGCCCGUCCGGGUUGUAACCAAUGGCAACUAUGGUACAUCAUCCCGACCGAGCACGCCUGUAUCUCAGAACGACGUGCUCAGGAAUGGUUUGCAGCAGCCGCAGCAGGGGGCAGCACUGAGUGGGCUGCAGCAGCAGCAGCAGCAGCAGCAGUUACUGCGCAUCAUGCAGAGUCAGGGCAGUGGCUUCCUGAAUGCUAUCCAAAAUAGCAUCAAAAAUGAAUCUCCAGGCAUGGCAGGGGGUGGCUUCAGCAACGGGAGUCGGUUGCCGCGGGCGAUCGCUGCCCGCACGCAGCAGCUGGCCGCCAGGAGCACGGCAGGCAGCGCUGACCGCACCGCGUACAUGCAGGAGCAACACUACGCUGCCGGCGAUGGCAUACACAACCCGCACAUUGAUGAAGCUGGUCUGUCCCCAGCAGGCAGGAGUGUGCGACAGAGAGACAUGGGACUGCCCAGUCAGCUGUCACAGCAGAUGUUAGCAUCCCAGCAGCAGUACCUGCAUGCCUCCGCAGGCAAGCUCCCGGCACAUCUCGCCCCUUCCCACCUACAGCAGCUGUCCCCGAGCGGAAGCAACUACAGCCCAGACAGCGGCAUCUGCGACAUGUACUCGUUUGAGCCCUACCUGCACCAUGGGCAGCAUCACAGCCACCACCCACGACUGCAGCAGGGCUUUGGAUCUGGUGACAUGUUCUACGAGUUCCCUCCCCACAUGCAAAUCCCUCAUUUCUUCGGAAUGCCCCAUACUCCGUUCUUCGGCAUGAGACCGCCGAGACGCAGUGGCCCCUCAAACGAACUGCACAUCCGACUGGAAGAGUGCUAUGACCAGUUCAAAAAUCUGGAGAAAGAGCGGAAGAAGACGGAGGCUGAGCUGGCCAGAAGAAACCCUGGCAAGAAGAUCUCGAGCGCCAACAACACUGUGAUUCCGCGGCUGUCUGCUAACCCUUCGCGCGUCGACCGUCUCAUUGUCGACAGUCUGAGAGAACAUGCCCGGGUCGUCACUCUCGCCGCUCGCAUGGAGAAGCUGCGCAACUCUCCGCUGCAUCCGAAUAUUCACAGCAGCAUGGCCGACUGGAUGGAAGGCAUCAGGAACGUCGAGGCGCGGCGCAAGGACGAGAUUACCAACGCGCAGAAUAGGCACCGCAACGGUGGCCAGCCCAGCAACCAGCAAGACAAAGAUGUGCUGGCUCUAGCUGCUGCGAUCAGAGAGCUGACUGUGAAGUGUAGGCGUGCGCGCACGGCCAUGUGGAGCGCCCUGCUCUCCACCAUCCACUACGAUCCCGUCGCCGAGGCGCGCAUCUCUCUCGACACGGACGGCGCCGCCAAGCUGCAGACCGGGGAACUAUUCGCUGAGGUGCUCAAGGAGUGUGAGGAGUCGUCUGCGCUGUCCGAUGGCAAGGAGGGAAGCAUCGUGGCCCCCGCCGCCACGCGAGCCUAGUGCGCUACAUUGUAAUGACCUGGUGGGCUUUUUGUGGCAUGGCGUAAAGUUCUGCCAGCAUGUUUGUGUUUGUGUUCGUGCGUGGUCUGUAUGUGUGUACGUGCGUGCGUGCGUGCGUGCGUGCGUGCGUGCGUGCGUGCGUGCGUGCGUGCGUGUUUAUGUGUGACAUUCAGAUUUAACGUUAUUUCAAUAAUUCUACGUUUGAGACCCGGUUGAGAAAAAACUCAGGCUAUAUUUAGAUUAGUUUCAUUGCAUAGGGAGACAAGAUAACACAGUUAUGUUAACACAGUGUUAUUGCACAGUUUCCUUUAGUAAUUGUUUAUACGCAUUCUGCACCAAUAAUCAUCUCCCUAUUGGCUACAGCAUGCAUAAUCAAGGGAGAGGCAGCUUUGCAACCUCUUGCUGACACUUUGCUGAGUCUGACUUUGCCCCCAGGUGAAAGAUAGCCUUAAUAGCAUUCACAAGAUAGAUCUGGUUGAGGCCAUGACUGUGUCAAAACCAUGUGAACCGUGGUGGUACGGUGAUGGGCACUGACAUGGUGUGUGACUGCUUGGAAACAUCAGCAACGCUUGCCUACUGUUUCACACAUAGUCAGCGUUCAUAACUGUACAUGGUGCCAUAGAGGAUGUCAUUUUACCGUAAAAUUUAACGUGAGGGGCUGGAUACGCAGCGUCAAUGAAGUAUGGUGAUUAGCAGAAGAGAAUGAUGGUUAUAGAGGUUGCAUUGCUGCACAGGUUUAUUGUUGUGGGAUGGACGGAUCGACUGGUGGACGAACAAAUGCACUCCUCUUAUUUUGCGCAAGUGAUCUCAGGGUGACAGUUAUGGCCGAACGGCUUGGAGGAUUGAUGGGAGUUUUCUAUGGCUUUUGUAGUAGAGGAUUUGUAUGUUUGUUGUACAUAAUUGCAGAUGUGGAGCGUUGUUUCCGUGUUUGGCUGCACGUAGAAGCAGAGACCAUGCUGUCUGACAUUGCAAAAACAGUGGGUGUAAAUUUUCUAGUUGACGUCGUGUCUGUUGUUGCGCGGCGUGGCGUGUGAUGCUAUGCAUAACGAAGCCAUCAUAUCUCCUAUGAUGAUCUGGUGUGCUGUAUCGCACUGCCACACGCGCAUGAUUUGGCAUGAUAUCAACACAAGUCCGAGCAAUGUGUUCAGGGGAGUUGCAUCGUAGUUCUAUUGUCCACUGGCUGCUCAUGCUUCAGUGAGUGCACGAGCAUUCAUUGUAGGAGAAAGCGGCAGAGGAGUAGGAGGAUGAAGAGCAAGUGUUAGUUCUGACACAGAUCUCCACGGAUUACCGGUUAGUCAUUCUUUUAAAAAGAACUUUAAUACAUGUCACAUUCCACAGUGUUUGUUGUUAAUUAGUGGUAGUGCUUGGUCGGUGGCGACCUCAACGGCAUUUGCCAUUAAAGGUGUUGUGUUGCUGCUGAGGCAUUAUGCAGGUAGACAUUCGUUAACGAUUUUGAUGUUGUAAUGAUGAAGACUUGACAGACCACGCCUAGAGUAAAGGCACCGAGACUGUUUAUCAUUCUUUAAUUUAAUGGUUAAGGUACUUAGUGUGAUAUUUAUAGUAAAUUAUUUAAUGUUUACUGGUUCUACGAGAAUGCGCAAUUGAGUAGAGACUGACAUAAUGGAUGUAGAGGUGGCUGGAGUUGUGACGCAGCUUGUGAUCACGUGGCUACUGCACGUGCGCAUCUGUCUUGUCAUCAAACUGUGACAGUCACAAUAUUUCCUCGUGCUAGCGAAUGUUAGUCACAGUGCUUGCGCAUUGUGCAUAAUGAUGAAACAGUGUAUUUCUGUUUAACAAGCAAUCUCGAACGUAUGGCCUAAUUUGAUUGGGUUUGAACGCGGCGGCGGCGGCUGUCGCGAUGUAUGGUGGCCAGCUGUGUCGUUGUAGUGAGUAAGUGUCUUACGAGUUUAUAGUUACAGGUGCCCGUUAAACGUUGGGUUGCCAGGAUGUCGUUCGUGCAAGACGUUCUUUAUAUAUUUCACACUGGUGCCAUUGUUUGUAGGAAGAGUUUAUAUGCAAAAUGGCCUAUAGUUUUAAUUCUGCAUGGUAAGACGGCUGUGGUGAGGUGAGGGUUGGCUGGCCGGCCAGUCGUGCUAAAUCGUUGAUCCCGGAUGGUGGAGAAUGAUUGAUGAUGGUUUCUGCAUUCUGCAGUCUGCAUGCACUGCCGGCCCUUCCACCAGAGUGUGUGAUGUCUGGCCUCACUCAUGCCACGCCUACCUUGCCCUGCUAGCUUCCCAGCUACCACUAUCGUUGAGGAGCGUGGCUGGGGUAGAUACUGGUUGCUAGUUACCGAGCUUUAUUAUCCGAUGAGACACGGUGAGACGAGGAAGCUGCCGCAGCACAGCAUCCCUCGCUUCUGAUCUGCAGCUUUGAAGGCGCAAGUAGUCGUUUAUGUUAUGGUUGUUCAUUAUCACUGUAUUUAUUGACGGUUGUAAAAAAAUUCAUACUACGAUGUGAUCUAACUAUUUAAAAUGCAUUAAUUUUUUUUGCACGUUCCGUGGCUUUGUAUUUUGAGUGCAUCAUGCACAAUCAAUGUUUGGCCUGCAUCGACACAGGACUCCUAGUGGAUGUUUGAAGUUUGCUUAAUUGUAUCGUAGUUGGAGGGUUGUAGCAUUUAUCUCAUUGUAUAUGCAUUCAUGGAUUGUAGUAGACAUAUGUUUGGGCUGCUGAGGGAGCAGGCAGCUAGCCAGCAGGGUGGCUUAGCGCCACUGCCCCACAAGCGAGCUGUUAUAUUUAAGUGUGCUAAAUCCUAGAUAUUAAUGAAUUAUUAAACUCAUAGUUCGUGAUUAAGACGUUAUGGGGAGCUGUAGUUUAUAGAGCCUGGUCUCAGUGGCUAAGCAAUAUAUUGAUGCGAGUGUGCUAAGCUAGAGUGUGCUGUGUUCUCCUACGUGGUUGGACAGAAUAUGUGCUUAUCGGGUGGGGCUGGGUAUUCGCUACAUAGGCGGGGCUGGGUAUUCGCUACAUUGGCAGGACGGGGUGUUUCCUAUGGGGGUGGGUGCAGGGUGUUUGCUACGUGGGUUAGGCAGGGCCUUUCCUGCCACGUGAGUAUAGACACGAUAUUUCCAGGCUGUCAUAUUUGUGCCAAUGUCAAUCGUAGCGCUUUAGACUUCGCUCAGAUCACGUCUACUGCAUUGCUAUUUUUGUAAAGUAUCUAGUGCAGAUUUCUUGCCAUAGUUGUAGCAGGGCACUGUCCUUGCUGUGCAUGUAGAGGGGGUGCUGUCCUUUCUGUGCAGGUAUAGGAGGUGCCAGCCUUUCUGUGCAGGUGUAGGAGGUGCCAGCCUUGCUGUGCAGGUAUAGGAGAUACUGUCCUUACUGUACAGGUAUAGGGGGUACUGUCCUUACUGUACAGGUAUAGGAGAUACUGUCCUUACUGUACAGGUAUAGAGGGCACUGUCCUUACUGUACAGGUAUAGGAUCGAGGUGCCAGCCUUACUGUACAGGUAUAUGGGAGCACUCUCCUUGUUGCGCAGGCAUUUUGCUGUGUGCAUGUAAGGCUCACGUCCUUGCUAGGCACUAAUGCAUGGUAUUUUGUAAUUUUGUACAUCGAUCCGUCGUCACUGAUUGGGUCAGCGAAAUCCAGAUUGAAUUUAGACCAUAAUUCUAGCCGUCGGUCAGGUUGUUUUGUCGCGUGUGGGCAAUGAGCCUCGUAUAGUUCCAGUUAUCAAAAUUCCUCUCAUCUCCAACCCCCCAUGUCCAAACUAGUCGCAUUGCUCCUUUCAUUUCCCGUUUAGGUGUCUACGCAAGUGUCGCAUAUCACAUCUCAUAUUGCAUCCCCAUGUUCUUUCAAGGUCCAUGUAGCACCGGCCCCUGCCUUCUCCCAUCCAUGCCCCUAUGCUCAUACAUCUUUCGUCUCACGCUGGACACAUUUGGACUGUUAUUUCUAAUCAGAUCGACCACGGUUGCCCGGUGAUGACAGUCUCACGGUGGAUCGUCAUUGUGUGGAAUCACACUACGCGGUUGUUGGUCGUACGAUGGACUGAUGUCCCACAUGACAGGUCGUUAGAUGGACUGAGGCUCUCAAAUGACCAGCACCUAGGACAGACGGUCGCUUUCACGCGACCUACAGCCAUUGCCUACUACUUACGUCUCGUAACACUUAGCAAGUUUAUGAGACUAAACGUAAACAGUGUAUCACUGUAGCACAUCAAGACUUGAUAUCUCAGGCCUAUAUUCGUUUUCAUUGAUGCAAAAACUCAGUCGAUUUUUGUUCUACUAAUGUGCUGUUAACCCGUAGUUAGACGUUUUCCUGGCGGCCAAAAUUUGUGUUGCGUGGUUAACCAUUUUCUAGUGUCAUGCGGUUAACCACUACCUGCUGCGUUCUGUAGCUACCUAUUAAGCGUGUUCCACCGCCUGGGUGCUGUGGCCUGUAUUGCUCGGCCUAUGUUUCCGUGGUCUAUUAUGCUGCGACCUAUGUUCGGUGGUUACUUACUCGCAGUUAGUGUUAGUCAUUACCUUAGUAAGGCGAUUAUUUAUUGCACUUUGCAUCUAGCCGUCGGCGUCCAUAGUGUGAUCAUAAUAAUAAUGAUAACAAUAAUCAGGAUGAGGAGAUUUGUAGAACACGGUAUGACGUGUGUCAGAGCGAGAAACACUCGCAGGCCUGGUGUGGCCUGUGCACGUUGUAUUACGCCAAUUGUAUUGUAGGCCCCGGUUACCACGGUAUGACAUGAUUGACCAGAGUGCAACGAACACAACGUGGGAUGACGAUGAACUGCAUAAAUAUUUAGAUUCGCAGUCACGAGGUUUCAUGGGAUUUUGUAUUGAGAUAAUACUCUGUGUGGAUGUACAUUAUAUUAUAAUUCUUAGGUUUUUCCCGUUUACCAUUGUGGCUGUUGUCGUGGAUGGUAGAUAGAGACUAAAAUUGGUCAUUAGGCAACGCAAGCCCGCGUUGUGCUAGUUUUUACGCUGCCGUUUAGCAUUUUUACUGAACAUGGAAUGUAGAUUAGUUUUAUCUUGAAGUCACUUACGCGAGAAAAGGCGUGGCAAACUGGACUGUUGCAGGGGGAAUCCCGCUGCUUCAGGUUCAUGUACCCGCUCCGCCCUAUGCAUGUGUGACUGGGUCGCAGAGGGCCCGGGGGUACGUCGGGUUGUCAUGCGAGGAUCCCCACCCCCUCUCAGGGAUGUGCGACCCCUCCAGGGCUGGAACGCUGCCAUGAUCAGUUUGCGCCGUCUUAAUGGUACGUUCAUAAUAGUCAGCUAUUCGAGAGUUCAGUCGGCCUAGUUUCAGAGCAUGUUCAUAGUUUUCCGUGACCUAUUUAAUAUAACUAUCUGUUCUAAUCAACUAUGUGUGUUAUGAAGGAAUCGGUGAGCAGUGUGAUGGGCCAUGGAGCGGCACACCUCAGCAGCAAGUUCGGUUGACCAUUUCCUUAUAAAUUAUGUCCUAUUGGCGAUUGGAUUGGAUCUGCUAAUGGUUGACCAUGAUAACUUCUCAGUGGCUCCAGUCUGUGUAUACACACUUAGCAGUGGUAGCUCAUACGUGGUGUGUGCACCCUUCGUGGCCACUGCGAGGUGCGCUGUCUGGUGAUGACUCGCUUGCCGAGUGUGUUUGUCGAUGGCUGUGGAUACAAGGAAGACAUGUGAUAACCGUGGCGCCACCUGUGACGAGAACAGCAGUUGUGAUAGAGUAUAGGUGGCGCCACAGAACGAAGGGUUCUUCCUCGUGUCGUGUCAAGCUUGGAACAUUUUGAAGGUAGAACGUGGAUUUGGCGCUGCUGCGCUGUCGUGACGGGGUAUUUGGGUGGUAUCCCUUGUUGGCCGCUGAUGGCAAGGAUCGAUUAAACAGUUGUUUGUGCAAUCGUUGUCAUAUAGCUGAAACGCACAGUGUAAAGUUGCAAGCUUCAGCUGCUAGUGCCAGCUUGUGACUUGUGUUUUCAUGGUUUAGGGUUAUAUAAGUUAUUAGUUGUUAUUAUGCUAAGUCUGUUAUUUGUUUAUAUACGUUGAAUUACACAUCGGGGAUCUGUCGUGCCUGAUUGCACACCUACUGUGGGGGUUCGUCUAAUGGAAUUGUAGGGAAUGCGAUUAAUUUAGACAGGCAAUAUUUCGUGGCCGUUUGCAGUUGUUGGGUUCUCCUUGUUGCGUUCAGUGAGAGGACCUGUUUAUUUAUUUAGUGUUUGUAUGAUAUCUUUUUUCUUUUGAAUUUGCAAUAGAUGUAUAUGGAUGCAGGUAGUGUGUCCGUGUGCGUUUCCUGUGCUCUGUGAUUGGAUUAACCACACCCCCUGUGAGCUACAAUACCACCUUUGAAAAAUCGUUCUCGCAGUAAACAAUAUGAAAUUUAUUUAAUACGUUUGUUGUAAAAUUUGAUAGAUAACUAGACAGUGUGUAUGUGUAUUCACUCAUGUUUGCCGUUCUGACUCUUCAUACGGUGUGCCACAUUUGUAAGUGUUGUAAAUGAAUUUCUUAUCAGAACAGACUGGUCUAUAUAUAAAAACUGGAUAAGACAUUGUGAGGGAUGUGUGAUGUCACUUGUACGCUAUGUUGGCCGCCCCAAAAAGUCUAGUUCUUGGUAGGAAUUGGCAGUGAGAACGUUGGACAUUGUUCCAGUGCACAUUGUUCCAGUGCACAUUACUAAUAAACUGAUUCUUGGCCGACCAAUAUGGCUGACAAGUGAGCUCGUCUGCUAUGGUGCAGUAAUAGGAGAACUUGCUAUCCAGUUUUUACAUAAAGAUCAGUGUCAGAUCGUUGAUAGUAGUGCUUGUCGUUACAUCUAUGCUACAAUCCUACUGUACCAACCGUAGAUGUAGAUAAUAACUAUUUAUAUCUGCAUCUAUAUCACAAUCCUAUUGGCCACCUAGUGAAUGGGUGAAGAACUAGUAACUUGACUGCACACUUGAAAGACGGUGUGUCAUGGCAGGCGGCCUACACAUUCCGGGCUUUGUUUGAGAUCAGUGUUUGCUAGAUUUCUGCAGAAUUUCAUGUAAAUUAACCAUUGUAAUUGUUUUGAGUUGAUGAUCACUGACCAAGACACAACUGUACAUCAAGCACUCUUGUGUAUAUAUGUGGAUUUUUACUGUGCAGGAAAAUUAGAUAAAAGGUUUUAAUAUUGUAUCCUGUUUUUACCUCGCCACACUGCUAUAUAUCUUGGGCUCAAAUUGCUGUAUUAACCUCAGACUUGUGCAAAGUUUUCACAAACAAAACACCUGUUAGUUCACUGGAAACAUAUAUGGGUGGCGCUUCAAUUUGGUGGCCUUCAAGACGCUGCCAGUAAGAAAGUAUUGCAAACCAAUUCAACUGAAGUGUUUGGGUCGUCGCUACGGGGGCGACCCGCAUUAAGAGCAUUCCGUGUUAUUUUUGUAGGGCAUACGAUAUAUCUGCAUCUAGCGACGUUGAUCUACAGGGUUUUAAUAAUGUCCUUUUUCUAUGCAUUUCUCAGUGUUACGCACAGGUUUGUCGCAAACCAACAUGUUGGCCCCAUGAGGUAUGAGCGCUGUCCAACCCGACUCGGCUCCUGGCGUUCCAGGAGGCGCAGGAGUCGCGCGGGGCAGUUGACUUGUGGACAGGUUGAUUGAGAACCGGCGUGACCGCGCGCUAAGCAUCAGCCAAAACACGCACAGUGCGAAAUUCCAUUUGAAUAAUUGAGUUUGAUACGUGUUCGAAUCUCAGCGCAUGGUUACCGUGGUUACGAGAGAGUAGAGGAAAAGGGUUACCAGAUCUCCAUUGAUAUUAUUUUGUCGAAUACCGGUGGUAGAGUUUCAUGUUGAUGGUAGGUUUACAUACAUAUCAGAAUUUAAUUUUAUCUAUAGAUACCGUUGGGUGUAUUGAGAAAGAUCGUCCGCGAAAUCUCCCAGCAGGUUUGCCGUCGGCGACUCUGCCUCGUUAAAUUCGUCUCACAAGGUCAAUGUCAAAGUGGUGAGACUGCUGGCGGUUUGUCGGGCGAUCUUCCACAGGGUGUGUAAAGGUGGUGUGCACAUUGCAGCGAGGAGGGCUGCUGUGAUCUGCGCUCAGGUGGCGCCACUACUGCAACGAUUCCCACGUUAGUGUCGGCAUACGAACUGGCGCCGACAGCAGGCAGGUGGCACAUCGAGGUGCACACGCGAAUGUGUGCCUACGUGGUGUGGGGCCCGGGGACGAACCCGCACUCCAGGCAGUGCCGUGACAGUUGGGGCAGACUCCCCGUGUCCGUCGCCAUGACUACACAUCCGCGUGUUAAUCGCAGGCAGACGUAUAUUUUUGGACACUGGGAGUGGAAAGAAGGCGUGGGAUAGUGGUGGUCGUGUAACGGUGUGUGACCGCAUUACAAGUUUCAAAUUUUAAUAUUUCUAGUACAAGUUUUUGCUGGUAAUUAUUAUGGAAAUUAUUGCUGUAAUAAAAUUACAGUUUAUUUACUAGUACAGAUGA